AUGAGCAGCACUCGGGAGCUUAGUACAGCUUGUGCAGAACAGAAAGUUGUUUCCAGGAAGUCUUCUGCCUUAUUGGAGUCUUUUAGUAUGGAGAGCUUUGAGAUCCUUGCUGGAGAAAGCAUUCCUGAAUUUGUGGAAAAACCUUGUCCACUGGCAACACCCGAGGGAGACAAAACAAUAUUCUGACCCAAAGUUAAAAGAAAACCAAAGCCUAAUGCAACAUGGAAAAGAGAGAGCGGGUACCAACAGAAGAAGGAUCCAGAAUAUGAUACAGAUAACUACAAGUGUAUAGUGUCCGAUACCCACACCGAUGCUAUCUACACAGUAUCUUUGAUCAUGACUAAAGAUAGACAAAAUGGAGAGUCUUUGCAGGGCAAAUUUGCUUUAAGUAGAGUGCAUAUGGGUACAAAAUACAUGCUGUGCAUCACCAAUGUGAAUGGGAAAGACCUAGGCACCUACAAGAAUGUGGCUGAGAAGAAACUCUCUGUUAUGCUUGGAAGUGAACUUUGCUCAAACAAUGUUACAGGACUUGGGAAACUGAAACCACUGAAAGUGACUGAAAGACAGACAGCAGUAUUUGAAAUGUGCCUGCCAAAGAAAGUGCAAAACUUCACCUUGAAGUUCAAUGGNAAAGAGUUGAAGUGGGAUGAUAAGUACGAAAUCAUCACAUCUGAUGAUGGAUUGGCCCACACUAUGAAAACUGAGGGUGUUCUGUCCAGUGACUUUAAAGAACUCAGUGUUGAGACUGGAGAUCUAGUGCAGAACACUCCACUCUUCAUUGAUCGGAUUCCAAUUCAGUUCAUCAGCAAUCCCAAGAACACCCAAGUGAAAAAGAAGGGAAAAGCCUGCCUGGAGUGUGUGCUGACUUCUGAACGUGUCACCCUGAAGGGGAUGUACAUCAUGAAGCAUGAAGGGAAGAGAGCAGAGCUUAUCAUUAAUGCUGCUGAGCUGAGUGACUCAGGAGAUGGCACAGCGAUCAAGGCUGUGCAAGACAGUGAUGCUAAUGAGCAGUACAGCAGUGCCAGUGUAACUGGAAGUAAUGGGGAUCCUGCCAAGCUCUGUGUUGUCCUGAGUGGCACAAAGGUGGAAGGAAUAUGGCUUAAUGACGGCAAAUAGAUUACGCACAUGAAAAAGAUCUGGAUAGUGAAGCAGGGAGCCAUCCACAAAUUCAUCAUUGACAGAAUGGGAGAGGAGCGUGAAGGGAGGUACAUGUUCAAAGCCCAGGGGGCAGAGAGUGGAGCAACAGUUGCCAUUGGAGAUUCUCCUGUUAUCGAAGAAUCUGUACUCAAGCUUUUUGCUGCACACAGCCUUACUGUGAAGACCAAGCACAAGGUGCCUUUCAAGGCAAAGCCAAUGCCCAAAGUCACCUGGUUCAAAGAUGGCAUUGAGGUGACAGAGGAAGAGAAAGUGGUGAUGGAGAAAGCCAGUGAUGCGUUACUCACAAUCAAAACCUGUGUAAGUGAAGACAGUGAAGCCAUUAUGCUGAAUCUGAAAAAUGACUGUGGCUUGGCUCCUGACAAUCCUUACCUCAACUUUGUUAACAAACCAAAACCCCCCCAGGGGAAAGCAGAGUUCCUUAACACAUGAGGAAAAUACAAAAUGAGAUGGAAAGCACCCAAAGGCAAUGGAGGAAAGCAGGUGAGUCACUUCGUCAUCAAGAAGAGGAUGGCUGGAAAGAAAUUGUGGAUCAAAGUAGGAGUGGUGGAGAGCAACGACACCACAUUUGCUACAGAGAAGGUGGAGGAAGGGAAAGCCUACUAAUUCAGAAUAUGUGCCAUCAACUCUGAAGGCCUCAUCAAGCCCCUGGAAACAGAAGACAUUUUUGCUGGAGAGCCUAUUAGCCAGCUGUUUUUAAUGUCUCAGCCUCAAGUUGUAGAUGUCAGGAAGGAAGAUGUCACCAUUACCUGGAACUUCCCAGCCCAAGACGGAGGCUCCACAGUGCAAAGUUACGUCAUAGAAGAAAGGAAGAAAGGCAGCAAUCUUUGUGUCUUGAACACCAAGGAGCCAGUCCAAGGUACCAGAUUCAAAGUGGAUUGUUUUCUGGAGGAUACAGAUGAGUUCCAUGUGAUAGCUGUGAACCGUGCAGGCCCUGGACUUCUCAGCAUGCCCUCAACCUCCGUUGCAAAGGAUCCCAUCAAACCUCCAGGGCUGCUGAAGGUGCUGGAUUUUUCCAACUCCAGCAUUUCCUUAGCCUGGCAGGAGUCAGACCAGGGAGAUGUGCUGUCAGGAUACAUUCUAGAGAUGUGAGCUGAGGACACCAAGAAAUGGACAAAAUGCACCAAGAUCCCUAUCUCUAGUACCACUUACACUGUGGGAGGCUUGCAGGAGAGCAAGUACUACUUCUGAACCUGAGCUGUGAAUGAAGCUGGUGUGAGAGAAGCAGUGGAGUUACAGGAAGGAAUUCUAGCAAUGCCACCUCCUCCCCGCCCCAGGUUUGAUCUGACUGUGAGGCUGAAGAGCCCCAUGGUGGUUUGUGCUGGGACAGCACCAUGCAUUCAUACAUCUUUGCCUGGCUCCCGACCACCACCAGUGAUGUGGCAAAAAGAAGGCAUAUCAACAAGAGGGAGGACAAGAACCAUUGCCAGCCUUAUCCACAGCACCAAGAGAUUUGUUUCUGACCUGUACCAGAUUAUCCUCAAGAAUAGUUUUGGAGAAGCCCUUUACGACAUUCAAAUGCAAGCUGCAGAUUUCCCCUGACCACCUUCUAAUCUGCAGCUGGUUGAAGAAGUUCCAAACACUGUGACCCUAAAUCAUAGCUCAGAUGUAGAAGAUGACUAGCAGACUGAUCAUGGUGUCCUGAAAUGUGAUGUCAGUACUGCCACGUGGUUCACAGCCGCAGAAAAGGUCUACAGCAACACGUAUACUGUCAGAGGCCUGCUCCCAGGGAGGAAGUAAUUCUUCUGAGUCAUUGUCUGCAGUGACACUGGGGACACUGACCCUCUGGAUUCACAGGAGCAGUGGUACAUCUCCAAAGACAGAGCUUCCUGUUUUAUGGCCCCACUGAAGAACCACAGCAUGAGUCAUGGCAACAACUGCACCAUGAACUGUGCUUUCAUCAGCAACCCCCACCCAGCAGUGACCCUGUACACGGGCAACGUCAGCAUCACAUCCAAGUCUAAGUUGUAGUUCAACUCAGCAAAUAGCAUCUGUCUGCUUAUGAUCCCUACAACUUGCAGCUGCAAGCUGAUCAUCUGUGGGCCACGUUGUAAGAACUUACCUUCAUAUCCAAAAAACAGCCUAACUCUGACAUUGCAUUAAAAAGAUGAUAAAAGCCUCCUGGACACAGUGACAGAAAGUUUGCAGAAGUCAAAACACAAGCUGUAA